GCCACAAAGAUAAAGGAUGAUGAGGACCACGGUUCUAGUUUUAGCGUUCUGUAACAAUGUAGCCCGGACAGCCACACAAGGAUCAUUAACAUCCCCAACAACACUCCGAGGAACAACUACCCCUACCAACGAGACUUUUCGGGAGUCUGACGUGAAAUUUCCCUACGGUACCUAUGGCCGGGUGAGGAUAGAGAACACAGAAAUUUGUUCUGAUGCUUCACUCGACAGGACUGUCGGAGAGGCACUGUGUCGAUCUAAAGGUUUAAGCGUGGGCGUCCUUGGGAGAGAUAGAUUAUAUACAGAUAAUUACAACACUUCAGACGUUACCUGUUCCGCGGCAGACAUUACUCACUGUACAGUGACAAAACACACCGCCUACUGCUCUCAAGUUGUGUACCUGUACUGUGAUGACACAUAUAAACCUUCUGUGCAUUCUUCCCGUCCGCCGACGACUAAAACUGCGAGUCACAUUACACAUCCGACCAUUUUUGGAACAACACGGAGAGUGGUGAGGAUUUAUGUAACGUUUGACUUCGUUCUUGGAGGGCGGGUGCGGUCAUGGGGCGAGCAGAUCUGUUACGACACAUUCACUGCAACUGCUGGCAAGGCAUUGUGCUCGUCCAAAGGCUUUAUAUACACCUACCAUGAAAGGACACUUGUCGACAACUCUGAGCAGAUCGCAGAUAUGUUUUGUUCUACACAAGAUGUGGAUUCCUGUUUCCUGCGAGCACCCAAGACCUAUUGUCGAUAUGCUGUUUACAUUCACUGCUCCACACACACCACACGCACAGCUACAACUAAAACCGCGUCAGGACCUGGAGUGAUGGGAGUGACUGUUUCAUCGGAUAAAUCUCCUCAUGGACCAGUCACCAAUACUCUGCGCCCAGUUACAAAGUUAACUACUGUGGCAUCAACAAGAAAAUUAGUGAAGUUUCUUGUAAGAUUUGACUUUGUACGAGCCGGUAGGGUGAGAGCCUGGGGAAAUCAGAUUUGUUACGAUACAUUCACAUCAACUGCUGGCAAGGCAUUGUGUACUUCUAAAGGCUUUAUAUACGCCUCCUACGACAGAGCACUUGUUGACAACAACUUGCCGUACGUGGACAUGUUUUGUUCAUCACCUGACCUGACAUCUUGUUACAUCCAAGCAUCCAAGACCUACUGUGUUAAAGUUGUGUACAUCCACUGCUCCACACACACGACGAUCAUACCACCAACGACGCCUAGCAUAACGACCAUGACCAUUCCAGGUGGAGUCACGAUUGGUUUUCGGGACAGUUUUUUUCCUUUUCCGUACGGGGGACACAUAAAGAUUAAUGGAGAGGAAAUAUGCUUCGAUACUUUCACGAACGACGCUGGGGAGGCUUUGUGCCAGGCGAAGGGGUUGUCAUACGACACAUACACCAGGGGUUUUGCUUUCGAUCGAUAUCGAACAGAACGUAUCUACUGUUCAUCAAACGUGCUGUCAUCAUGUGUUCUUUCCUCGUACAUCUGUAUCGAAGUAGUUAAUCUUCAUUGCAAGGGUCCAGUACAGACAGCACAAAAAAUUACCUGUCGCAACAAUCCGUGUCAGAAUGGUGGUACGUGUCAUCAGAAUAGUCCCUACGAGGCCUACCGAUGUACGUGUUUGAAUGGGUAUACCGGAAACUCGUGUGAAAACCCCACUGGCAUUAUUCCAGAAACCAUUGCGUCUGUAGACUGUCUGUAUGAUACGUGGAACAUUUCUGUCUAUCUUCCACCUUUACGUAAUAAAUAUCCGAAUCUUAGCAUCAGCGAUAUAUAUCUCGGCAGUGAUAAUGAAAACUGUACAGGACAUGUUGAUGGAAGUUAUCUGUUCUUCAGACAAAAUUACGCAGGAUGUCAAACAACGGAAAAGAAUGCGACAAAUGGAAUUGAAUUCCACAACGUGUUGGUCUACGCUGUCCACGAUUCAUUCUACCAUUUCAUUGUCCGUGAAUACCGAUUCCGAAUGAAUGUCAGCUGUACAGUGGGUUUUCCGAACGGCCCCCUUCCCACAAUUCCUAGUGACUAUCCUGUUCUUCUAAAGUUUUAUUCGGAUUCUUCAUUCUUACAAACGAAGACUCUAAACAGUUCUAAGGUUGGAGACAAAGUUUAUGUGCGAGCCUAUACUGAUAUAAGUGACAGUCAUCUGAAAAUGAAGUUAUCGGAUUGCUACACUACACCCUCUUCCUUCUCCGAUCCACAGAUGGUAUAUUUCAUCAUUCGGAAUGGGUGUGUGAUUGAUCCAAAUGCUGCUCUUCUGUCUACACACGUCCAUGAAAGCCUUUUUUACUUCCAGUAUUUCGAAUAUGCAAUGAAUCAAGCGUCUAUCAAUUUGCGAUGUAAUGCCACAAUCUGCCAUACGGACGAUCUAUCUCCUGCCUGUCAGACCACGUGUCAUAAUCACGUGAUGAAAAGGGAUGUAGAUAAUUUCUUCGAUGGUCUUUACGAUGAACAGAGUAAGGAAGAGAAAGAAAAUCAUCAGAACAGGUUCAAACCCACUCAUCAGACAGAUAAAGGAACUGUGCUUUUCAUUGCAUUGGGAGUUACUAUUCUAACCAUGGGUAUUUUCCUUGUGUACGCAAAAACAAAACGUCAGCACGACAAACAAAUAAUCGAUGUGUGUCAUUUGCAAGUACAUAUAUAAUGCGAACCGUUUUCAUACACUAGGAAUUUGCGUGUGUGGUUUAAAUCUUACAUAGCCUGCAUGUACCGGUAUGUUAAACAUGUGGCUGCAAUGUUAUCAUCAGUAAUAAAACUUGUUUUAGGUGAC